AUGACGGAGCUUCUAAACGACGAGAAAGUAAUGACAAAAGUUGUACAAGAAUUAGAUCAAGUCGUGGGACCAAACAACGUAGUAGAAGAACAUCAUCUGAAAGAGCUUAAUUACCUGAACGCCGUCGUUAAGGAAACUUGCCGGCUACACGUGGGGAUCAUGGCCCGGGUGGCGAGUCAACCCUGCACCGUCGCCGGCUACGCGGUUCCAAAGGGAGCUACAGUUUUCAUCAACACUUGGGCCAUACACCGAGACCCAGAGUUUUGGGCCGAUCCGCUGCAGUUCAAGCCCGAGCGGUUUCUGGACGGCAGUGGAAAUGGGCCCAGGCUGACUUUCGUGGGCAGCAGCUUUCAGUUCCUGCCGUUCGGUUCCGGGGAGCGGAUGUGCGUCGGGUAUAACUUGGCGGAGAGGCUCAUGAACCAUGUGCUGGCGUCGAUGUUGCAUUCGUUUGAGUGGAAGCUGCCGGCCGGCGAGGAGAAGCCGGAUUUUUCAGACAAGUUCGCACUGUUGACCAUAACCAUCGCAAUCACAAUAUCCGCCGCCGUUCUCUACUUCCUCGGAAAUCUCCGAAGAACCAAAUCGCCGCCGGGUCCACGUGGGCUGCCGGUCGUCGGGUACCUCCCGUUCCUCCGCCGCAACGACCUCCACCGGCAGCUCACUUCCCUGGCCGAAACCCACGGCCCAAUCUACACAAUCCAGGGCCUCAACAGAUCCCUGGUCGUGGUCAGCUCCCCGGAUCUGGCGAAAGAGGUCCUCCGGGUCAACGAGUCCAUCUUCUCGACCCGCCCGAUCCCGAUCGUGGGCCGGAUCUUAACCUACGACGGGAUCGACCUCGCGAACCUGCCGUACGGCCCCGAUUGGGCCGGGCUGCGGAAGGUCAUGUUCCGGGAGGUUCUCAGCAGCGGGGCCCUGGACACGUGUCACGCGCUGGGCAGGGGAGCGGUUGAGGCGGGGAUGCGGGAGAUUCGGGCCGGCGAGGCGACGGGGGUGUUCGAUGCGGCGAUGAAGGUGGUGGUCGAUUCGACCCUGGCCAUGUUGUGGGGCGGCGGCGAGGAGGGAGGAGGGGCGGCGCCGGAUUUCGCGGCGGAGUACCGGGAGGCGACGAGGGAGAUGACGGAGCUGUUGGGGAGGGCGAAUGUCUCCGACGUGAUUCCUCUGCUUGCGAGGUUUGAUUUGCAGGGGAUUCAGAGGGAGGCGGCGGAGGUAGCGGAGCGUUUCGAUGGGAUUAUUACUUCGGUAGUACAACGGCGGCUGAAGGAUUUGUCUUCGGGGAAAUCGGUGCCGUCUAAGGAUUUGCUCCAGAUUUUGCUGGAAAUACAGAGCAGGGAGGAUUCAUUGAUUGCUUCUUCGUCCCUCCACUUCAAGGCUAUGAUCCAGGACAUUGCAUCUGGUGGCACGGAGAGCAUAGCCAUCCUACUCGAAUGGGCAAUGACAGAGCUUCUAAGCAACAAAGAGGCGAUGACAAAAAUCCAACAAGAACUAGAUCUCAUCGUCGGACCGAACAACUUCGUGGAACAACGUCAUCUGAAAGAGCUGAACUACCUAAACGCCGUCGUCAAGGAGACAUGCCGGUUGCACCUAGGACUCACCCCUCGACUGGCCGGUCAGCCUUGCACCAUCGGCGGUUACCACAUCCCAAAGGGAGCUGCAGUUUUCGUCAAUACUUGGGCCAUCCACAGAGACCCGCAGAAUUGGGCCGAACCGCUGCAGUUUCGGCCCGAGAGAUUCCUGGACAGUUGUGAGGAUGGGCCGAGGUUUGAUUUCAUGGGCAGUAGUUUCCAGUUCCUGCCGUUCGGAUCCGGUCGGCGGGUUUGCGUCGGGCUUAACCUGGCAGAGAGACUGAUGAAAUAUGUGCUGGCGUCGAUGUUGCAUUCCUUUGAGUGGAAGCUGCCGGACGGCGAGGAGAAGCUCGAUUUUUCGGAUAAGUUGGGGGUGGUCGCGAAGAAGGUAAAGCCUUUGGUUGCUAUACCGUUCCCCCGCCGGCUGGGUAAAUUGGGCUGUGAAGUUCAAUUUUAACAUCAUCUGGACCAGCUUUGUAUUUGCCUAAACAAUGCCCAAGAAAGUCUUCUUCAUUGUACUCAUAGGUCAAAAUUGUGGUUUGAAUGUUAAAAAUUUAUGUUUUAAUACUUCUAGGUUACAAAAACGAAUCUACAUAUAAUCACAUUUUUUAUUGUUCUCAACUCCCAAUACCUCGA